UUUCUUUUUUAGAACAAAAAAACAAAGAAAGGACUUUAGUGAUGGUGAUUUGGCUAUUACAGUUGUUUUAAGUUAAAAUGAUGCAGUAAAAUAUUUUACAAGCAGGAAAAGGAAAACAAAAAGAUCCCUUCUUUCUUUAACCACCGCUCAACGGAUUGCCUCGUCCUGCCGCCACCCAUCGCCGCCGCGGGCUCAUAGUUGACAUCACCCUCCCUUUUUCCAGUAUGAAGAAUUGAUGUAGCUCUUUUUUUCGAAGUUCGAAUUUUUUUUUUUUUACAGAAAAAGAUGGGAAAGAUCUCAGUAGCUGAUUCUCGAUAUAGUUACACAAACGAGGGUGAGUGGCCUUCUGGGUCAGUCGAUAUUCAUCAUGUCGUUGUUCGAAAGAGUUUUCUGAGAAAGGCUUUCUUUGUGGCCAGUGUUCUUCUACCAGUUGCCUGCUAUUUCUUCUCUUUCAAGGAAAAUUCUUCCACCCUUCUUUCGUGGAGCUUUUUGCUGAGUGGACUUCUUGCCAUAUUAUUGCUUUGGAAGCCUGUUGACAAAGAGUCUGUCAUCAUAAUGCCAGCCUUUGGAGUUCAGCUUGAAACUCACUAUUCAAGUGGAAGAGUCAUCCGCAGAUUUAUUCCUGCUGGUGAGAUUUUGAAACCUGUAUUGGUAGAAUGUGUUACCCCAGUAACUUGUUACUGGAGCCUCUCUUUGCUUUUACGUGGUAAGGAAGAGCUGGUGUUGGUAUUCAAGGAGCUACGCCCUCCAAUGAAGAUGUUGCUUCCCGUAUGGAAGGCCUUGUGUGCUAGCAUUGAGAACAAAGAAAGUCGAGUCACAUGUAGUGAAGGUGGUUGAUGUCAUGGCCCUGACGACAAUGUUAUGGAGACAGUGAAAAUGCAUUCUCGUCAAAAUUGAAGGAACAAAUCCAUACCAGUAGAGAUUAUCACCAAGUUUUCUGUCUGUCUAUCUCAAAUUGAAUUUGUGCGCAAGGAAAGAGCCAAUGAAUGCAGCAAAGAUAAGAAACGCUUAUACCUGCUGUAGGAUCAGACUUAAUGGCUCUUAGUAUACUACAUUUGGACCUCAGUGUAUGUACUCCAAUAAAACUGACCACAGUUAACAGUAUUUUCGUUUUUAAGCUACUGAUAAUAACAUUCGGCCAUUGAUUUU